UCAUCUACAACAUGGCCUCAUAGCCUGAAAAAUCCACAGAGAGCUUCUCUAGGUGUUUGUAGGGCCUCCAGCGUGAUUCCAUGAUCAACUUCUAGCACAUCUUGACCAUAGAGUUUCACUGGAUUUCUAUAGAAGUGUUCUCUGGGGGGGGAGUAUUAUUAUUUAUUAUUUGAGGUUUCCCCACUUACACAGGGGUCCUGUGCCCCUAACCCCAGCGAAUGGAGGGUCCGCUGUAUAUGCCAAAGAUUCAGAAACAGAAGGUACAUUCAGAUUAGGUAAAAGAAACAAAGCAGGUGAGGUCUGAUAGAUUUUUUUUUAUGCCAGCAACCUAUUUAUUAGAAACACCUCCUUUUUCAUACAACCAAAGAGAGACAUGGGCUGCUGGGUUGAGUGACAGAGCCACUGGCCAGGCCUUGGGGAAAGGGGCCUUGGGUAGGCUUGAAAAUGGGGCAGUCCUUUGGGAAGGAUGGAGGGGAGCUCAAUCUGCUGACUCCCAGCUAAGCAUCAUUCAUAUGUAUCCAGCAGGUUUAUAGAAUACUUAAGAUCAUGCUUUAAAAAAAUAGGAGUGCUCAUGGGCUUUGCUGGCCAGGCUUCCUUCCCAAACAGGUUGGGGGCAGGGAGAGAAAUACCUUUGCAUCUAAAGCUGUUCGCAGUAAAUUAGGAACCAUAAGGUCAAGGAGAAAAAAAUAUGCCAAAGCACCGUUAAAGCCAUCAGACAUUACAGAUGCCCGCCCUUGGAAGAGCAAAACUGUGUAACUCUUAUAAAUCAGAUACACACAGGUGCAAUUUAUGUUUACGUUGGUAGUGCAGUGGCUGUAUAUAUGAAGAAUUCUUUCUUAGUUUUUUCUUUUCACUUCAUUUUCACUUUUCAAGCAUUGUGACUGAUUUUUGGAAGGCAUAUUUGGUUAGCAGUAUAUUUUAUCACUUAUUAAGGUAUAUUUGUAGUAGCAUUUAAUACUUAAUAAUUUAGGAUUUGUUUAUGUUAGGCUGUGGAUAAAUCUUUUUUAAGGAAGGUAUUGCCCAGUGUGAUGAAUUUUUAGCAGGGAAAAAAAUCCAACCAGUAAAUAUUUCACUAUUGCACAUUUUAAUUAAUUAAUGGAUUUCUAUCCCACCUUUCUCCCAAAAUGGGAUUCCCCUUCACUUACAGGUAUACAGUACUUCGGUUAGCAAAGUAGAUGAGUUCCUGGGCAUUACUUCUUUAAUGGAAACUUUGGUACCAAUUGGAGAAAUGACAUGAAAAGAAUAGGGAUAGGUUCCUACAUCGCAAAUAAAGAAGAGCAGUUCAAUUCAAGGGAUUUAUUGAAGGAAUUUCCCCAGCCUAAAAAUUUGCUCAACAGCGUAAUUGGAAGAGCUCUCGGCAUCUCCCAUGCAAGGGACAAGCUGGUGUACAUCCAUACCAAUGGGCCACGGAAAAAGAAAGUCACGCUGGUCAUCAAGUGGCCGAAGAACGUGGAGGUAGAAGGCUAUGGGACCAAAAAGAUUGAUGCUGAGCGACAAGCUGCUGCAGCUGCUUGUCAACUCUUCAAGGGCUGGGGUUUGCUGGGGCCCAGGAAUGAGCUCUUUGAUGCUGCCAGGUACCGCAUCAUUGCUGAGCAGCUGGGCUGCCCUGAUGAGAGAUGGUGCCCUGAGGGCCGGUGGCGCUCCAAAUCUGGCCCAUCGCUGGCUGACCUGUCCACCUGCUGGAGACGGAUGGAGCCUGAUGAACCCAUCCAGCCCCUGGAGCACAGCCGGUUGCCAAAACCCAUCAGGAAGGAAGAGCUGGAGGAGGGGGAACUGGAGGAAGGGGAGCUGGAGGAGGGAGAGCUGGAAGAGGACACCAUCGACGUUUCCGACUACCUUUCCAUGACGCAUCCAGGGGCUCACACUCCGCCCAGAGAUAUGAGGGAUGGCUUCUCUCUUGAAAUGACAGAUGACAGCACAGCCCUUCGGGCUCUGACCCAGUUUCCCCUUCCCAAAAACCUCCUGGCUCAGGUGAUCCAGAUUGCCACUUCCUCGUCUACAGUCAAGGAGUACAUGCAGUUCCGGACUGUGGGCACCAAGACGAAGAUCUGCAAGCUGACACUGCGCUGGCCCUGCCCCAUGACAUUUGCUGCCAAGGGGCGCCGUAAGGUGGAGGCGGAAAACAAAGCAGCUGCUCUGGCCUGUCAGAAGCUGAAGAGUCUUGGUUUGGUAGACAAGAACAAUAAUCCUCUGAGCCAUGCCAUGUAUAACAUGACUUCCCUCCGGGAGCUGGGUGAGAACCAAAGGAAGCCCUGCCACAUCAAAGUCCCUGAGGCUACACUACGCAAGAUAGAGAACUACUUGAACCAUUUCCCAGUGGACACUCGAGAAUCCAGACCACGGCUGGCGGACGACAUGAUGAACCUGAGCAAGGAGUCGGGGUCCCUCAGCGAUUCCAUCACAGGCAAGACUUACAUCCCCAUGUCCGAGUCAGAAGAAGUGCGCCUCAGCCAGAACCUCCUGGCACUGUGGAGGCGGAGAGGCUCCUCUUGGCCAGAGGGUCACUCCCUGCCUGUGGAUUCCCAUCGGGAAGCAAUUCUCUCUGCCAUUGAGCAGAACCCUGUGGUGGUGGUAGCUGGGGACACAGGCUGUGGGAAGACCACCCGCAUCCCCCAGCUAAUGCUGGAACACUACAUCCUGGAUGGGCGUGGGGCCCAGUGCAAUAUGAUCAUCACCCAGCCCCGGCGAAUCAGUGCCAUCUCUGUGGCCCAGCGGGUGGCUCAGGAGCUGGGCUCUAACAUGAGGAAGAACGUGGGCUACCAAGUGCGGCUGGAGAGCAAGCCGCCUGCCCGGGGAGGGGCCCUGCUCUUCUGCACAGUGGGCAUCCUUCUGCGGAAACUGCAGGGAAACCCCCGGCUGGAGGGGGUCAGCCAUGUCAUCGUGGACGAAGUCCAUGAGCGGGACGUCAACACAGACUUCCUGUUGAUCCUGCUGAAGGGCAUCCAAAAGCAAAACCCCAACCUCCGGCUGGUGCUGAUGAGCGCCACAGGGGACAACCAGCGCUUCUCACAGUACUUUGGGGAUUGCCCUGUGGUCAAGGUGCCAGGCUUCAUGUAUCCGGUCAAGGAAUACUACCUGGAAGAGAUCAUGAACAUGCUGGGGCGUCACAGACACCGGCACUACGAGAUCAAGCAAUCAGAUGAGGAGUGUGUCCUAGACCUUGAGCUGAUCACUGAUCUCAUCCUUCAGAUUGAUGCCCAUGGAGAACCAGGUGGGAUCCUCUGCUUCCUUCCUGGCUGGCAGGAGAUCAAAGGAGUACAGCAGCGUCUCCUGGAGAGUCUGGGAUCUCACAACAGCCGUUAUCUUGUCUUACCAGUUCAUUCCAACAUCCCCAUGAUGGACCAACAGAACAUCUUCCCACGUCCACCUCCUGGGGUGCGAAAGGUUGUCCUGGCCACCAACAUUGCCGAGACCUCCAUCACCAUCAACGACAUUGUGCAUGUUGUUGACAGUGGGACUCACAAGGAAGAGCGCUAUGAUCUCAAGACCAAGGUGUCGUGUCUAGAGACGGUAUGGGUAUCCAAGUCAAACGUCAUCCAGAGGCGAGGACGUGCUGGACGCUGCCAGACAGGCUUUGCCUACCACCUUUUCCCCCGCAGUCGCUUGGACAGGAUGCCCACCUUCCAAGUGCCUGAAAUACUCCGCACCCCACUGGAGAACCUGGUGGUUCAGGCCAAGAUCCACAUGCCAGAGAAGACGGCUGUUGAAUUCCUCUCCAAAGCCCUGGACAGUCCAGACAUCAAAGCUGUGGAUGAAGCAGUGAUCCUUUUACAAGAGAUUGGUGUGCUAGACCACAGAGAGGCUUUGACCACCCUGGGCAAGCGCCUGGCACAGAUCUCCACAGACCCCAGGCUGGCCAAGGCCAUCGUUUUGGCUUCCAUCUACCGCUGCAUCCAUCCGCUCCUGGUUAUUGUCUCCUGCCUCACACGGGAUCCGUUCAGCAGCAGCCUGCAGAACCGUACAGAGGUAGACAAGGCCAAAGCUAUUCUGAGCCGAGAGAGUGGCAGCGACCACCUGGCCUUUGUGCGGGCAGUAGCAGGAUGGGAGGAUGUGCUCCGGCGCAGAGACAGCCGUGCCCGCGACAACUACCUGCAGGAUUAUCUUCUCUAUGCGCCCAGCCUGCGUUUUAUUAAUGGGCUGGUGAAGCAGUUCUCAGAAAACCUCUAUGAGGCCUACCUGGUGCCAACUCCCUCGGACUGCCUCUUGCCAUCAUCGGUGUGCAACCAGUACAGUGAGGAGGAGGAGCUGGUGAAGGGUGUUCUUAUGGCUGGGCUGUAUCCCAACCUCAUCCAGGUGAGGCAAGGCAAAGUGACCAGACAGGGCAAGUUCAAGCCCAAUAGCUACACAUACCGGACCAAGGCUGGCACUGUUCUUCUGCACAAGUCAACAAUCAACAGGGAGGCCUCAAAGCUGUACAGUCGCUGGCUAACAUAUUUCAUGGCAGUCAAAUCCAAUGGAGGGGUGUUUGUGCGUGACUCAUCUCAGGUGCACCCACUGGCUGUGCUGCUCAUGACGGACACAGACAUCCACGUGCGUGAUGAUGGCUGGCGAGCAACUGUCUCCCUCGUCGAUAGCGACCUCCUUGUGCUGGAAGGGGACUCCUACACCAUCCGGCUUCUGCGUGAUUUCCGCGUGGCGCUCUCCAAGAUGGUGGAGACGUGCCUUUGCUACGAAAUGGCAGCUAUUCCUGGGGAUCUCCACCACCAGCACAGCCAACUCCUGGACAUCCUAGUGGAUCUACUCAAAGGGCCUCCUGGCAGCUUUGGGGCCUAGACCUGACAUUUGCCUCCACCGCCGUCACUGAGGAUCUGGACAUGGGGACUUGUAAUUUGUAAAAAAAAAAAAAAAAAAAGCUGUUGACAAAUGUUUAUUUAAAUAAAGUUCUAUUUAUCCCUUAUGA